AGUAAGAAAUUGGAAGGGAGCUGGAGGAGCUCAUGGAAAUUUCAUGCUCUUCUUGUUGUAUAAGUAUACACCUCUGCUCUGCCAAUGAGCCAAUGAGCCAAUGAGCCAACCUCUCUCUCUCUCUCUCUCUCUCUCUCUCUCUCUGAACUUACAAGCAAGCACACAGAACAGAGUCUCUUUCCUUUUUGGGUAUUUUUUAGGCUUCUUUAUGGACAAUUUUUCUUUCCAUAAAUCUCUUUUUAUUUUUCACACAUCCUUUCAGCCCAUUAAACAAUGAAAAUGGCAUAUUACCAUUCAUCCUUUCCCCUCUAUAGGAAACACCCAUCAUUGCUCUCAACAAUCGUUUUCAACCUUAGAAACCUGAGCUGCUGCUUCUUCUUCUUCUUCUUCUUCUUCUUCUUCUAAGAUAUUCCCUCCUUCCCAUAAUCCCAUUCCUUCCCUUUACUUUCCAUUCCAUUCCAUCUCUCUCUCUCUCUCUCUCUCUCUCUCUCUCUCUCUGUCUUUUUCUCUUCUCCUCCUCCUUCUUCUUCUUCCUCUCACCAUUUAAAUACCACCAUCUCUUUUUUAUCCCAGACUCAAUUUCAACACACCAAAAGAAAAGAAAUUUUAAAAGGAAAAAGGAAAAAAAAAGAAGAAGAUCAAAAUGGAUCCUUCAUCCACCAACUCUGUCAAUGGCUUCUAUUCGUUUCUGACUCGCGGGAUCGACGAUCUUGAAAGGGUUUAUCUUUCAAACAACUUCAUGUCAAUCCAAUUCCUUCAAAGGGCUCUUUCCCUUCUUCGAUCUUUUCAUUCCCAGCUGACCCUUCUCGUCCAAAAGCUCCAUUUGCCUGUUGGGGACAAGUGGCUUGACGAGUACAUGGACGAAAGCUCCAAGCUUUGGGAAGCCUGCCAUGUCCUCAAGUCUGCCAUCUCUGCCAUGGAGAAUUACUACACGUCUGGCCUCAACAUCACCUCCACCCUCGACUCUCAUCGCCAUCUCACUCCUCAGCUCUCUCGCCAGGUGGUUCGCGCGAUUUCUGGGUGUCGGCGAGAGGCGUUUGGAUUGGAGGAAGAGAACAGAGCGCUGAUGGAGACGAGAAUUCAACCACUCUCACUGAAAUUCGACGAAAGGGUCUCCAUCGAAUCGAAGCUUAAUGGGUUCAACGGGUUCAGGGGAGUUCUUUAUGCAAUGAGAAACGUAAGCUCUCUGCUUCUCAUGAUCUUGCUCUAUGGACUGGUCUUCUGUUGGCCAGAGUCAAGCUUCUGCAGGGGAGGCUACGAGGGCUGCUUGAUCUUCGGAUCAUCGUUCAUGAUAUCAACGGCUAGAUUGCAGCAAAGGGUAGCAGCAGAGAUCAGCCAGAUCAAUGAAAGGCCUGGGAUUUUGAUGUGGGAGUUCAGGAGGUCCAAGAUGGCCAUGGAUGAGCUGAGAGGUGAAUUGGAGAGGAGGGGCCCACAGGGGGUGAUGGAUUGGGAGAGUGAGGGUGGGAUUAGAGAGAGAGUGGACAACUUGAGAGGGUGUUUUGGUGUCUUGAGAUCUGGUGCUGAGAAUAUUAUCAGCCAACUUGAUGAUUUCUUUGAUGAAAUUGUUGAAGGGAGGAAGAAGCUUUUGGACUUUUGCAGUCAUAGGUAGGAAAAAAAAAGAAGAAGAAGAAAGUGUGUGAUAGAAAAACUUGUUGCAAAAAAAAAAAUUAUUUACAGAGUAGAGAACCAGAGAGGUAUUUAGUUGUUGGGUUUUGUCGUACCUUUUAACCCUUCUUACUUCUGUUUGUAAUUUUUUUUUUUACUUUUCAUUUUCCCUCGUGUCUUCUCCUUUGUUCUAAUAGUUACUAGUUAGUUACUAUAGUUGAAACCAUGGAGAUGGGGAGUUUUUAAUUUAA